CAUGCUGCGUACGUACAAUAAGAUACAUAUUAUGGGAAACGGUGAUGACACUACUACAGAAAUGGUUUUUCUGGACGAGGCAGGGCAGCAGCAGCUGCCGGAGGUGAGGGUGAACAUAAUCCACGACGACAACGACGAUGGCGGCGACCUCCCGCCAUCGUCGCUGUCGUUCCGGUGGAAGACGAAGAAGUACCGUCUGUGGCGAGUCCCGGAGCAGGUGCGCGCCAUCAACAAGGAGGAAGCGUACGCGCCCAAGUUCGUGUCCGUCGGCCCGUACCAUCGUCGUCACGCCGGCGCCGGCGAUCGCAACCGCCUCUGCGGCGAGAAGCUCAAGAAGCGCUACCUCCACGAGCUCCUCAGGGACGUCGAGCCUGACGACCACAAGCAUGGAGGCAUCCUCCAACGCUGCAAAAGCAGCCUCCAGGAGAUUGUGGACGAUAUUCGUUGGUUUUACGCGGAGGAGGAGUACGUGCGCGAGAUGAAGGAUGAGGAGAUGGUGAGGAUGCUGCUACACGACGGGUGCUUCAUCAUCAAGCACCUCUACAACUUCGUGCAGGGGUACAACGAGGAGGAGCUGUACGCGACGCGGUGGUCGCCGGCGCAGCUGCGCAUCGACCUCGGCAUGCUGGAGAACCAGAUCCCCUUCUUCGUGCUGGAGGAGAUCUUCUACCACCUCACGCCGCGGAAGCUCCAGCGGAAGAUCACGCGCGACGUAGGCGACGACGGCAUGAUGAUCACGCCGCAGACCUUCCAGCGCAAGACGAUGAUGCGGCAGAGGAAGAGGCACAAGCUGCUGGUCAUGGCGAUGUGGUACAUGCUCAAGGGGUGGUUCGUCCUCCCCGAGGACGAGAGCGACGAGCUGUACAAGCUCAUCGCCGACAAGGAGGUCCACCACCUGCUGCACCUGCUGCACCUCGCCCACGCCCACCUCGUCAAUGUCGACGACGACAAAGGCGCCGUCCUCGGCCUCCGCCGGCGCGACGGCAGCGCCACCAACCAGCAGCAGCAGGGCCACGACAAGGACGACGACGACGCCAAGGCGAAGGCGAACAUCGUGUCGGCGGCGCAGCUGCGUGGCCUCGGCGUCAAGAUCAGCAAGGCGCCGACGAAACGCGGCGGAAUACUGGACGUGCGGCUCAGGAAUGGCCUCUUGUCGCCGGUUCUGGAGGUGCCGGCGCUUACCGUCGACCAGGGCACGGUGCAGCUGCUGCAGAACCUCGUCGCGUACGAGCAGCAGGGCACGCCACCACCGAGCAACGACGACGAGCACCCCCGGGACUACUUCACCACCUACGCCUUCCUCAUGUACAACCUCGUCAGCUCCACGGACGACAUCGCCGUGCUCCAGGAGCAGGGCGUCCUCCUCAACAACUUCGGAAGCCAUGAAACGAUCAUCGAGUACUUCAAGAACCUAUGCCGAGGUAAUCAGCGGAGCGGCACGGAGGAGAAGACACACAUCGGCAAGGUGCUGCAGGGGCUCAGGGAUUGCAGCCAGAACAAAGCGUAUCGUUACUGGGCGGAGGCCAAGAAGUACAUGGACAGCCCUGUCAAAAUCCUCGCGCUCAUCGUCUCCACUCUUCUCGCCAUCUCCACUGUCUUGCAGACUACCGUCGCCUUCUAUCCCAAAUGAUACACCUCGCCCUUCAUUCCAUGCCCAACUAAUUAUGAUCAGUUAUUUUUCGCUCCUAAUUAACUUUCAAAUUUGGAUAAAAUUUAUUUACUUGGAAUAAUGCUAGUACUACCUAACUUUUAAGUUCAUUUCGAAGAUUUAAGGCUUCAUUAAAAGCUUAAUUCAGCUUCAAAAAUAAACCCUACCCUAUUGGUAAUUAUCUUAUGUCAUCUUAGCUAUACAUAUAUAUGUGUGUGGAUUAAUUUGUGUGCGCGCUCGUGGAGUUCAGAUCCUCAGCAUUAGUGAUAUAUUUUGUCGGUGUUACCAAAAUGUUGUAAUAAUUUAAUACAUCAAAUAAGUGGGGCACCUACAAUUUGGGCCUUGAUUGAUAUUUUAAAUAAUGUGAUUAUGUAA